CCACAUUCCAGCGGGUACACUGGGACUGGAGGCGGUCAGAGAAGCGUGGAUAAAAGACGGACACACCAGCCCACUGACAGCAGGAAAAGACGAGACCCGGGAUCACGGAGCUACGGAGUUUUACACAAAAUGCGUCUGUGUCUGCUUGCCAUUUUCUUCUCGUGCUCCUUUGCGCGUGGCGGCUGUGAGCCGAAGAUGGUCAACAUCGGCGCCGUCUUGAGUCAGAAGAGGUAUGAACAGGUGUUCAAGGACGCGGUCGCCCAAGCCAACAACAUAUACGGAAAAGAUAAGUUCAAGCUGAACGCCAUCUCUGUCACCCACAAACCCAACGCUAUUCAGAUGGCUCUUUCCGUCUGCGAAGAUCUCAUCUCGAGCCAGGUGUACGCAAUCCUGGUGAGUCACCCACCGCAGUCCGUUGACCACCUCACGCCCACGCCCGUCUCCUACACUGCUGGAUUCUACCGCAUCCCAGUGGUGGGGCUGACUACACGCAUGUCCAUCUACUCAGACAAGAGUAUCCACCUGUCCUUCCUGCGCACAGUGCCUCCGUACUCCCACCAGGCUCAGGUGUGGUUUGACAUGAUGCGGGAGUUCCGCUGGAACCACAUCAUCCUGAUCGUGAGCGACGACCACGAGGGGCGUGCCGCCCAGAAGAGACUGGAGACGCUGCUGGAAGAGAGGGAGACCAAGGCAGAGAAAGUCCUCAUGUUCAGCCAAGACACCAACCUCACAGCACUGCUCCAAGAGGCCAAAGAGCUGGAGGCCCGGGUCAUCAUCCUCUCAGCCAGCGAAGACGAAGCGGCUGCGGUCUACAAGGCGGCACGCCAGCUCAACAUGACGGGCUCCGGUUACGUGUGGAUGGUUGGAGAGAGAGAAAUGUCCGGUAAAGCCCUGAGCGAGGCUCCAGACGGUUUGAUCGGCCUUCAGCUGAUCAAUGGCAAAAAUGAGUCGGCGCACAUCAACGAUGCCGUGGCAGUGGUGGCGCAGUCCAUCCAAGAGCUCUUCGAGAAGGAGAACAUCACAGAGCCGCCCCGUGGAUGCGUAGGGAACACGAACAUCUGGAGGACUGGGCCUCUCUUUAAAAGAGUGCUGAUGUCAUCCAAGUACCCAGAUGGCCUGACAGGACGUGUGGAGUUCAAUGACGACGGAGACAGGAAGUUUGCCCAUUACAGCAUUCUGAAUUACCAGAAGACCAGGCUGGUUCAAGUGGGAGUCUACAAUGGCACACAAGUGGUUCUGAAUAGCCAGCGGAAGAUCAUCUGGCCUGGUGGAGAGACGGAGAAACCCAGAGGAUAUCAGAUGUCCACCAGGCUGAAGAUAGUGACCAUUCAUCAGGAGCCGUUUGUGUAUGUGAAACCUACCAUGCUGGAUGGCACAUGUAAAGAAGAGUACACAGUCAAUGGAGUCUUAAUUAAGAAGGUUAUCUGCACUGGGCCCAACGAAACUAUCCCUGGACGUCCCGUAGUGCCUCAGUGUUGUUUUGGGUUCUGUAUUGACUUGUUGAUCAAGCUGGCCAUGACCAUGAACUUCACGUAUGAGGUUCACCUGGUGGCCGAUGGGAAAUUUGGGACACAGGAGCGGGUAAAUAACAGCAACAAGAAGGAGUGGAACGGCAUGAUGGGAGAACUGCUGGGCGGCCUGGCCGACAUGAUCGUCGCCCCGCUCACCAUAAACAACGAGCGAGCCCAGUAUAUAGAGUUCUCCAAACCGUUUAAGUACCAGGGGCUGACAAUCCUCGUUAAAAAGGAAAUACCGCGAAGCACGCUGGACUCGUUCAUGCAACCGUUUCAGAGCACGCUGUGGCUGCUGGUGGGUCUGUCAGUACAUGUGGUGGCGGUGAUGCUUUACCUAUUAGACCGGUUCAGCCCAUUUGGAAGGUUCAAAGUGAACAGCGAAGAAGAAGAAGAAGAUGCCCUCACCUUGUCUUCUGCCAUGUGGUUUUCAUGGGGAGUACUGCUGAACUCUGGGAUCGGAGAAGGUGCACCACGCAGCUUCUCAGCAAGGAUCCUGGGUAUGGUGUGGGCAGGGUUUGCCAUGAUCAUUGUGGCAUCCUAUACUGCCAACCUGGCUGCCUUCCUGGUGUUGGACCGGCCUGAGGAGCGCAUCACUGGCAUCAAUGACCCUAGGCUGCGGAACCCAUCAGACAAGUUCAUCUACGCCACGGUGAAGCAGAGCUCUGUGGACAUAUAUUUCCGGCGGCAAGUUGAGCUGAGCACCAUGUACCGCCACAUGGAGAAGCACAACUACGAGAGCGCCGCAGAAGCCAUCCAGGCUGUGCGGGACAAUAAGCUGCACGCCUUCAUCUGGGACUCUGCGGUUCUGGAGUUCGAAGCCUCACAGAAGUGCGACCUGGUGACGACGGGGGAGCUGUUUUUCCGCUCCGGUUUUGGGAUCGGCAUGCGGAAGGACAGCCCCUGGAAGCAGAACGUUUCCCUGGCCAUUCUCAGUUCCCAUGAGAACGGCUUCAUGGAGGACCUGGAUAAGACCUGGGUGAGAUACCAGGAGUGUGACUCCAGGAGCAAUGCCCCGGCCACGCUCACGUUCGAGAACAUGGCAGGUGUUUUCAUGCUGGUUGCUGGCGGAAUAGUCGCCGGCAUCUUCCUCAUCUUCAUUGAAAUCGCCUACAAGCGCCACAAGGACGCCCGCAGGAAGCAGAUGCAGCUGGCCUUCGCGGCUGUCAACGUCUGGAGGAAGAAUCUGCAGGAUAGGAAAAGUGGUAGAGCAGAACCCGACCCCAAAAAGAAAGCUUCUUUUAGGUCCAUCAGUGCCUCCCUGGCCUCCAGCAUCAAGAGACGUAGGUCCUCCAAAGACACGCCAUACCCCACUGACAUCACGGGCCAGCUGAACUUAUCUGACCCUUCCGUCAGUACUGUCGUGUGAAGAGAGACAGAGAAAGCUUGGGGGGAAGGGGGGCCUUUCAGACCAGGGAAGGGGGGGGGGAGGGGGGAGGUCCUGAUGUUGGGACAGAACCGCCGAUCCAUUUGCUGCUGAUUCAUCUGAGCCACAGUCCAUUUGGAGUUGUAGGACCACAGCUGGACCUCGCUGGACCAGAACGUGACUGAAAACGCUGAGCCUUCACACGUCUCAUACGAACCCGUACCGGCACACUGCUACGUCCCCCCCCCCCUCCCUUCCUCGCUGAAGGUGCAGACCAGCAAACCCGACAGCCUUUCCACUCACGUACUUCUUUAAAACCUUCCGCAGAUGUCAAAAUGUUGGACAGGCACGUGCCCAAGUCCGCACCCCUGGCCACGCUUGGCCGGAUACCUUUUGUCCUCCUUCGCAGUUUAUGGAAACCUGAUAAAAUCGAUGAGCCGAAAAAGUUAAUGUUUUUACUCAAAGCUGGAGGAGGACAGUUCACUGCUAUUUAUGAACAAGUCAUACUAUUUAUUUGGGACUCUGCGUAUCAUUAAUGUGAACUAUAUUACUUGUUGUAUAUGUCCUACUACCUCCGCGUAUUUCAGCAUAUUUUAGAUAUGUAGCCUAUUUGAUACACUAUUAUGGCAAAGUAUUUUAAACAUGUGACAUUUCUUAAUUUGGAUCAGUUUUUGUGAAAAAAUGAAAACUAUGAGUUUGUGCAAUAUACGUCUUUUGUAUCAGCAGCUAUGGUGGUAGUGGUAGCGCGCAGCACUGUAAAUGCUCAGUAGUUGCUAAUCGAAGUUAGAAGACUGCUAUGUUCCUUGUGGCGCUGCUGUUCCUGCGUUUUUAUCGAAGUUCAAAAUCCCGCCGUCCACCACAGCGCUUGUGUCCAGCUGCACAAAUAUCCUCGUUACUCAUGGGAAAAAUAAACAGAUUUUGUUUGUUAGUGAACGGUUGGAGACAUUUGUGCAGCUGAAUGCACGCCACAUGUGGUCAUGGAUUCUCCAUCAAAUGCUGCUAUAUUCAGGGUGGAUCUGAAGUGUUUGUUCAAGCUUGCAUUUUCAUGUGUAUGUGUGUGUGUGUAUGUACAUGCAUAUAUACACACACACACACUCGUGCUUAAACAAAUAAUUCAAAACCACCUUGACAACAGCAGUAUUGGGUGUAUACAUGUACACCUGAACAAGUAAUUUGCAAAUUUCUAAAUGUUACUAUUACAACUGCAUAUUUCCCAUGGAACCAAAGUCAGCAUCCUAAGAGGACGUGGAUAGUCUCUCUCAGUACAUUGGAGUAGCCACAAGCUUUUCUAUUACAGCCAGUCUUCACUUUACAGGUUACUGAACCACAAGCUAAAGGCCCUUCUUACAAUAGCUGCUAAACCGUAGUCUGUGCACGGAGGAAGUGGGCUUUGUUCUACCCACCUUCACAUUUCAACAUUAGAACUUUACCUUUCUUAUGUAGCCAAUUAACCUUCAGUAUGGACAAAAUAUGAAUCUGUGAUUUGUAAUGGAAUCUGCCUAUAUAGCAUAUACACAUGUGUAGUAACUGUAAAUGUUAUCUUCUUUCUUCCUCUUUCUCACCUUCUUUUUUUAAAUGAUAUCAUUUCUCAGCUUCAUUUUUUGAUGUGCAUCCAAGUAAAAACUGUUUCUAUCCGACCAGCACCAGUUCUUUCACGUAAGACCCCAUUAUGUUGUGUUUCCUUAGCCAGGGCUUUUACAUGAAAAUGCCCAGGUGAAUUUCAGACUCAACGUACAGUAUUUAGUCCUGUAUUUUACACAAAAAUCAGGCCAUUCCCCUGGCUAUGGAGUUCAGAAAUCCUAAUCCUGUUGCAUACUGUCCCACUGUACUUGGACACCACCAUAGAGUAGAAAUAACACUGUAUGGCACUUUUGUCUUAAACAAUCAAUUUGAGGGCUUUGCCAUUUCUUGUUAGAAAUGAAGAAUGUGGGAAAACAUACAAUUGUGUGUUUGCUGUUCUGAAAUUAAAUCCAAAUGAUUUUUGUAAUGUUGAAAAAAAAAUCCCCAUUCACUGAUUAUUUAUAUUAUUCAUUGUUUUCGGAGAGAAACGACAAUGUGUUCAUCUAGUACUGAAGUUUAGUAGAUUUCAUUGGGUCUUUGCUUGUAAAGCCUUCUCUGUAUUUGAGGUCUAUAAGCUGAACCUAACAGUGAUAUCUCUUUGUUAUAUAAAACUGAAACAAACUGUGAAAUGCAAGACAUCAUUACUAUAAAAUUGUGAUGCUUAUCUUCCAUCAAAGGCACUGCGGCGCUUGCUUUUGUGAACGCCACCAUGUAUAUAUGACUCAUAGAUAUUCAUGUGUAUUUUAAUGAACAGUUCCUUAUUUAUUUAAGUAAGAAUAAUGUGCUGGUUUUUCUGAGGUGAUUUGCUGUGCACCACGCAUUUGAGACACAUGCUCUGGCAGCUGCUUUAGCUGCUGGAGCUAGUGUGUUUUUUGUGUGUGGUGCAAGUUCAGGAUAGUUUUCUUUUGUGGAUGUUCAGUAAGAUUCUGUAGGGUUUUUGUGAAAAGUACAGUGAUACUGGUAAACAGCUUUGGAGAUUGCUUCAGGUAAAGUGACCAUAUUUUAUUUUGACACUGCAGGCGUAUGGGGGGGGGGGGGGUUAUAUUUAUGGAUACAUGAUUGUGUUUCUCUCUCAUUCAGGGCUAUUGAUAGCUUAGAUGAAUUUUGUUAGACACAGCAUCAUUUGUGCCACAGUAUGCUUUUAUAAAUCUGAAUUCAUUCCUAUUUUGUGUCAAGGAUAAGCAAGUAACUCUUUUAAGCAGUAAUAAUAAUAACAAUAAUAAUUAUAAUAAUAAUGCUACAUAUUGUAUGUACAUGCAAAUGUAAAUUGUACUAUGUGCCAAUAAAAAUGUCUUACCUAUAGAUCACAUGCAAAGGACCUAAGAAUUUUUCACAAUUGACAGAUGCCAUGUAGGCCAGACAUGCAAUGCAAUGGUUUGAUAGUUGGGCUAAUAUCCAGGAGGUUGUAUGUUUUUUUGUGGAGUGUACCCUGGAGCAAGGUUUUGCACCUGAAUUAAUCCUUACAUUGACAAGAGUUGUAUAAGUGAUUACUACUGUAAAGUGCAAACUGUGUAAUUUGCCCCUGAAAUGGGCAUCUGCCAAGCAAAUAAAUAACAUAAUGUAAUAUACAGCAGUCA